UUCCAGGUUUUCCAAGUUCACACCCAGAUACAUGCUUUUCUCUUCUCCAGGUUUCUGUACCCACUGUCAAGUAUAUCUCUGUCUGCCUCUAUAUUUAUGACAGUGUCUCUGUCUAUAGAGAGAUACUGGGCAGUGUGUCAACCAACGAACUACCGGAGCGCAAACCUUUCUGAGACUCAAUGUAAGAGGGUUCUGAAGUACCUUGUUCCAGUUAUCCUUCUCUCCGUCCUACUCAACCUACCAAAAUUCCUUGAAACUUCGGUCCAGUAUGAUCCUGAGGAAGAGAAGAUUCACUACAAUGUGACAGAACUGAGAAAGGAUCCAACAUAUAUCUGGUACACUACAGUUAUGUACAGUUUCCAUCCGUUGCUCACCACAGAGCUAGGACCCAUCCUUACCCUCUCCUCACUUAAUCUCUUCAUAUACUCAGCUAUUCGUUCUACAAAACAGAGGUUUGUCGGGCAUAAUCAAGGAAGGAGUGGACACGGAGAACUAAAUCUAGCAAGUGUUAUCAUCAUCAUUGUAUUGAUCUUCGUCAUCUGCCACUUACCCAGAAUGGUUCUCGCUAUCCUGGCUGUUGUGAAGGUUAACGAACCUGUCACUUGUAUGGAACACUUCCACUUCUACCAUCCUCCNCCCCCAUCACUACAUAUUCUUCCAUUGUAUACACUAUGCACUAUGCAGUCUUCUAUACUUAGUAUUUCCCACCUGCUGCUGCUGAUCAACUCUUCAAUCAACUUCUUAAUCUACUGCGCAGUCGCAACCAGGUUCAGGGUCUUCAUGAAGAGGUUUAUCAUGUGUGAGAGUAGAGAACUGACAUCUAAUCCACCCUUCGGGGUUACACGGCUGGUGGAGGCUCCUCUAGUUCUAGUUCAUGCAGCCUUGGAUAAUCAAGAAUCCAUAAAUAUCAUCAGAUCAAGGUUGAACAGUAGAGCAGAAGGAAUAGAGCUGAAAGCCUUAUUUAAGGAUAAUAACGAAAUAACAACAGAAAUAUUUCUUGAGUCCUUCAAUGGGCAGGACAGACCGGACUCAGAUUCAGUUUUCCAUCAGAGUAUAUCUACCGGUCUAAUCAGCUUGGUUAGAAGAGAAAGUGCAGAGCUAGGUAUGCAAACAACCAACCUCUAGCUUUACUCAAUGCUCGCAUCCUACUAAGGUGAGCACGGGCAGAAUAGUGUUCUUAAUACGGGUUUACAGUGGAAAAGAAAGGUUUUUCUACAGGACUGAAACAAAAUUUCGAUAGACCAGUGACCGGUUUUCCAAAGAGCAGAGACCGGGUUUCCAGAAACCAGUUUUCCAGAGCCCAGUAACAGGUUCUCUAGAUAGCAGAAACCAGUUUUCCAAAGAGCAGAGACCGAUUUUCCAGAGAGCAGAGUCUGGUUUUCCAGAGAGAAGAGACCGGGUUUCCAGAGACAAGAGACCGGUUUUCUAGAGAGUAGAGACUGGUUUUCCAGAGAGCAGUGACCAGGUUUCCAUAAACCACGUGGAUUCAAAAGAUCUUGUAGGGGAUUUACUACAGGCCAUGAAGACCAGGUUUACAGAGCUUGUUCUAAUUAAUUUUCUCAAACAACCUCUCUCGGUAAGAGACAAACUUACUAAAAGUAGGAGACAAUAUUCCUCUUAGUCCGGAGACAAUAUUCCUCUUAGUCCGGAGACAAUAUUCCUCUUAGUCCGGAGAUAAUAUUCCUCUUAGUCCGGAGACAAUAUUCCUCUUAGUCCGGAGACAAUAUUCCUCUUAGUCCGGAGACAAUAUUCCUCUUAGUCCGGAGAAAAAUGCACAAGGCCACAGAACAACUUCUUCUGUGGCCUGAGACAAGCUCUCAGGGCCAGAGACAAACUUUCUCUAGGAUAGAGACAAACUUGCAUAGCCUGAGACAAGCUGUCAUGGCCAGAGGUAAACUUUUAGGGCCAGAGACAAACUUUAUCUAUGAUAGAGACUUACAUGGUCUGAGAAAAGUUUACCUAAGGCCGGAGACAAACUUCCUCUAGGAUAGAGAUAAACUUUAAUGAGCACAGGCAAACUUCUUAUAGGAUAGAGAUAAACUUCCCUAGAGGACAAAAUUCCUCUAGGCCAGUGAAAAACCUUCAUCGCAAGAGACAAACUUCUUCUGGGUCGGAGACAAACUUAUUCCCGGAAUGUUGAAGAAAACAUCCGACCUUUAAAUCUCGGGAAAAAAACGUAUUUCUUUGAUUUAGAGAAACCAUACGUCGGAAACCACUUGAAGAAGGGUUACAAAUCUGCCCUUAGUUAGGUCUGCGAAAAGUUUACUUAGCUCGGAUUUUAAGAAAUCUGAAACCACCUUCAUUAUCUUAUAUAAGGGUAUACAGGGUUACCUUCAUGAUGAAUUAGCUCAGAUUUUAAGAAAUGUGAAACCACCUUCAUUAUCUUAUAUAAGGGUAUGCAGGGUUACCUUCAUGAUGAAUUAGUAGAUAAAAAAUUAAAUUACUAUUUUAUCAUUAUGAUUUUAAAGUUUUUGCCAUUUUCAAAUUCAGCUGAAACUGUAAACUUCUUUCUUUCUUUGUCAAAUCAUUAAAUAAGCCAUUUAAAGACCACAAUCAAGGCAGAAUACUUGAUCUAAACUAUUUGAAGAGAUUCAAGUCGUCUGUACAGUCUCAUUCUUUGUAGGGAACCCUGUAGGUUAUUAGUAACCCUUGUAAAGCAAGAAUAGAAUAUUAUUUUUCACAAGUUAAUUUUACUACAAAAAUACAAAAACUUUAAAAUUUAGAAAUCCACAAAAAAUAAACAAAGCUAAAAUAUUUCUUUAAACAAAAAACUAUAAUGAAAAUAUCGUGGCCAGAAUCUUUUUUAACCAUGGAGACUUUUUAGUUUUAUAUAUUUCUAAAUUCUCAAGUUCGAACUUUUUUUUGACGAAAAAACUAUAUAAGUGAUAAAGACCACAAAACAUAUCAGUGUAAUAUGUUACUCAGUUAACAAUCAGUGUAAUAUGCUGCUCAGUUAACAUGUCAGUGUAAUAUGCUGCUCAGUUAACUUAUCAGUGUAAUAUGCUGCUCAGUUAACAUAUCAGAGUAAUAUGCUGCUCAGUUAACAUAUCAGUGUAAUAUGCUGCUCAGUUAACAUAUCAGAGCAAUAUGCUGCUUAGUUAACAUAUCAGAGUAAUAUGCUGCUCAGUUAACAUAUCAGAGUAAUAUGCUGCUCAGUUAACAAUCAGUGUAAUAUGCUGCUCAGUUAACAUAUCAGUGUAAUAUGCUUCUCAGUUAACAUAUCAGUGUAAUAUGCUGCCCAGUUAACAAAUCAGUGUAAUAUGCUGCUCAGUUAACAUAUCAGUGUAAUUUGCUGCUCAGUUAACAUAUCAGUGUAAUAUGCUGCUCAGUUAACAAAUCAGUGUAAUAUGCUGCUCAGUUAACAUAUCAGUGUAAUAUGCUGCUCAGUUAACAUAUCAGUGUAAUAUGCUGCUCAGUUAACAUAUCAGUGUCUGUGUAAUAUUCUGUUGAGUCAACAUAUCAUUAAUGUCCUCAGUUCUGGUGUAAACAAGGUUUAUUUUAUUCUAAGGUCGAAACUUUUGUGUAGAGCAUCGUUAAUCUUGAAUGCUUAAUCUUGAUAUUCAAUGUGGGCACUGUUAUAUUUGAAGAGAAAUGCCUUAAUUUAAGUUAUACCCUGUAAUUGGUAUGAAUAGCACACGCUGAUUAAACAGUUCGGGGCUUUAUCCCACCAAUCCUUCACAAUUUGACCCGUUAAACAUAUUUUUUUAGUCCAUGGAAUCGUUUCAAAGACACAGACCAAAGCAUGAUUAAGAAGUUAUACAAGGUGACCACGGGAUAUCAUAGAGUAAUUAAAUUAAUCCGUAGGACAAGCAGAUCAAUGCUUGAUACAAGAACAAUACAAAAGUUCUGAUUUGUAACACUGAUAAUUAUAGUGUUUUUGAGUUUUAUCUGUAAGAUAGCAAUGUGUUCUUGUUAUCUAACAGGUUGUCUCUGUGCGUAUCAAAAUUAUAGAUAUUUCUCUCAAAACUUAAUCAUUCAAGUAUUUUGUUAGUCUAUAAUGAAAACCUUUUAGUUAUUUCUUACCUUUUGCUAAUGUCAAAAUUACAUAUUAUCUGUUCAUGUUCAUUAUGUCAAUAUUAUAUCUGUUUACGUUCAUGUCAAUAUUACAUAUUAUCUGUUAAUAUUCAUCAUGUCAAGAUUUUAUCAAAGAAAUAUUUGGUGCCCAUUUUUAGGUUUUAAAUUUUCAGAGGGCGAUAAUUAAUAUCAUCAGAUUUAUGUGAAAACCGUCAACCCUUAUUCUAUAAAACUGUUAUUUUCGCAAUGUAUUUCUAAAAGAUUAUUUCUGUCAAUCUAAAGCAUUUAUCAUUCUAAAUCUUCCAGAAAAGUUCUAACUUGGCAAAUGCAUUUUUCUUCUUUCUUCUUGUAUUUAAACUUACACAGCUAGCAUAAUAAAUAGAAACAGUAACAUUUCUCCAGGGAUGUUACAAAUUUGUAAAACAAAUAAUCUAUCCUGGUUCUAGUGUUAUUUACGACUACGAGUUUGACCAAGAAGUAUAUUUUUUGGGGGAAUUUUGUUCAAUGGCUAAAAAUUAAAAAAUCAUGUAUCCAGUUGUUUUGUAAUAUUUAUUCUUAAAAUUCAUAAUUUAAUUUAUUCUGUUGUUCAAUACGUUUUAUGUUAGUUUAAGACGCCUGUUUGCUUCCCUAUAUUUACUUAAAAUGUUUUUAUUGUUAGUUUAAGACAUCUGCUUGCUUCCCUAUAUUUACUUUAAAUGUUUUUAUGUUAGUUCAAGACACCUGUUUAUUCCCUUUAUUUACUUAAAAUGUUUUUAUGUUAGUUUAAGACACCUGUUUUCUUCUCUAUAUUUACUUAAAAUGUUUUUAUGUUAGUUUAAGACACCUGUUUAUUCCCUAUAUUUACUUUAAAUGUAAAAUGUUAGUUUAAGACACCUGUUUAUUCCCUAUAUUUACUUUAAAUGUUUUUAUUGUUAGUUUAAGACACCUGUUUAUUCCCUAUAUUUACUUUAAAUGUUUUUAUGUUAGUUCAAGACACCUGUUUUCUUCCCUAUAUUUACUUAAAAUGUUUUUAUGUUAGUUCAAGACACCUGUUUAUUCCCUUUAUUUACUUAAAAUGUUUUUAUGUUAGUUUAAGACAUCUGCUUGCUUCCCUAUAUUUACUUUAAAUGUUUUUAUUGUUAGUUUAAGACACCUGUUUAUUCCCUAUAUUUACUUAAAAUGUUUUUAUGUUAGUUCAAGACACCUGUUUAUUCCCUUUAUUUACUUAAAAUGUUUUUAUGUUAGUUUAAGACAC